AUGACUUCUGCAAGGGGCAGCGUACCACGGCGUCAGAGGACUUUUCACUUUGUGAAUGCGCACCCGUUUUCAGACACCGAAAGCUUUGAGACGCGUCAUUUUCUUCGGUCACAUGUGGGCAGCUGGGUCUGGCAGCAGAUCAAACAGAAAUCCACGAUAUCAGAAACUGAUGAGCCUAGGGAGCGUUCUCAAUGUGCCAACCUCUCUACAAACAAUCCCGAUUGGACUAGCGUCGAAGAUAUAGGCGAUGUACCUGGAUCAUCUACAACGAAGGGCGCCCAGGAUAGUGGCGGAGGAGUUGCUCUCAUCACGAGCGAAAAUACACUGCAUGGAUCGGAUUCGCAUCCAUCUAGGUCGUUGUAUACGCCGCUAUGUACGAUUGAUCAUAUCGGCAAUGCUACGUUGGACCCGUUCCAGACGUUCUCGUCAGAUUUCGACCCUAUGCUUGUCAAUUGGUGCAACAUAUAUAAUCUGACGGUCUUAUGGCCUGGUCUCAUACCGAGCUCCCCGAAAGGCUGCAAAAACUCGGCCAUAUCGCGUUGGUUUCAACUAUCUUGGCAUGAACCUACCCUUUUUACCACCUUCCUAUUCAGUGCAGUAUUUCACUACCAACAAUUGCGUUUGCGCAAUGAAAGCAAGCACGGUAAUAUGCAUACACCUCUGGAGAGGAAGGUCCUAGAACGUUUUGAGUUCGAGUCGAUUAAGAGGGUCAAACAAGCGAUCCAAGAUACGACCCGAGCUGUCAGCGAUGCAGUUAUUCUAAGCGUCGGUUGCCUGGCGAACAAUAGACGAGACGAGUUGCUUAGGGAUGAGAACACAAACUCCCCGUUUGAACCACCCUUGCGAAACCUGCAGUGGCUGGAUAUCUACGGAAGCCUAUCACCAAAUGACAUCCAUUUAUCCGGCCUCGCGCAACUUGUCGGUCUGCGAGGAGGACUGCAAAACAUUGACCUUUCUGCGCUCGCCCCAAUUCUUUGCUGCUCAGAUAUUUUGGCUUCCAGCAAGAUCUUAUCACACCCCAAAUUUCCCUUUUGUCCACUACAAGGAGACCAGAACCAUACACUACAAAGCCAGCUUGGCUUCGGAUCGGCCGAUCUGGAAAAUGGAUUUAUGCAGCUGUGUCAUAUUGGAUUCACAGCGCAGCUGGCCGAGGUCUUACAGGCCGCGAAAAGUUACAUUUCUAUCGUCAAAAGAUAUCACGAGGGAUGUAUAGUUCAACCUGACUUGCGCCAAAUCAGCGACCAGCGCAACCUUGUACAAUACCACCUCCUCGCUCUACCAUCAGCGGAGCACCUUGGUCAGAGCUUUGCCUAUUGUUCUUCAGUUUACGAGAUCGCUCGCCUCGCCGGACUAAUCCUCGGCGUUGGCGUGAUUUUUCCACUGCCUGCUGAGACAUCGCCGUUUUCGUCCCUUAUAAAGCUCUUGCAGAUUGAGCUACAACGACGGUCCAUCUUCAAAUCGAGCUGGUGUACACCGGAUGUGGUCAGGGUGCUCAUUUGGGCCCUAAUGUUGGGUGGUAUAGCGGCGAAGGGCUACCCUGAGAGGCCAUGGUUUGUUGCUGUGCUCCGCUUUUUGGAUAGAGGCGAGGAUGGAGCGUGCAGCCCUCAAAUUACCUUCAGAGAAGCUCAGGACCUUUCAUACUUCCAGGCUUUCAUGAAAGAGGUCAUGCGGAUGCAUUCAGCCUCGGGAUUACCUCUUUGGCGAGUCAUUGCUAAGGGAGAGGUUUUUAUAAACCCUCACGAGUUCCGACCUGAAAGAUGGAUCGAUUCUGAUGAGAUAAAACUGUCUGCAAUGAAUGAGAUGUUCAUCCCGUUCGGAGCCGGCGCAGGGAUAUGUAUUGGAAGACAUGUCUCUCUCCUAGAGAUGCAGAAAGUUAUUCCGAUCCUGGUAACAGAUUUUGAUUUUGAGCUCACUGUCCCAGAGCGCGAUUGGGAUACGGUGAAUUAUUGGUUCAUCAGACCCAAAAAGUUCCGAGUGCGAGUGUCCAAGAGGGCGCGGACCUGCGUCGAGCGCAGUCACGUGAUCUAA